UGGUACAGGGUCGUUAGUAUUUUACGGAAGACACUCUCGUCAAAAUUCACAUUAUCUCCGCUCUCUUCUGUUAGUACCAAAAAGUUCAGAAAAACCCUAACUUAUUGUGUUAUCCCAGAAAACCACCCAAUAACUGUCAUAAACCGGCUCUGUUUCACUUCAAUUCGGCUAUUUCGAGGUCUUCGAUGGAGUGAAGCAGCGGAGACCAGUGGAGAGCCCUCCAAGAUCCAGGGAAAGAGACCCACGCAGUACCGAUGGCAUCUGCGGACAAAGAGCUCGAAGAGCAGCUCCGUGAAGCUGGAAAUAAGCUCGUAGAUCCUCCUUCUUCUGUCGACGAGCUCCUGCCCCUUCUUGAUGCCGUCAUCUUCUGGGGAUAUAGGGUGUUUUUGGUGCAAAUUGAGAGUUACCUAUCAAGGGUGGAACAGUCUCCAACAAAAUCUAUGCAAAAUGCGAUCUCACCAUCUUUGAAAGCAUUAGUUGCUGAUGAACUUUUGAGGCAUCCAGAUAAUGAUGUGAAGGUGGCGGUUGCUUCUUGCAUCACUGAAAUAACAAGGAUAACUGCACCUGAUGCUCCUUAUGAUGAUGAUCAAAUGAAGGAGGUGUUUCAAUUGAUUGUAUCUUCAUUUGAGAAUCUAUAUGAUACAUCAAGCCCAUCAUAUGCUAGGAGAACAUCCAUUAUUGAAACCGUCGCAAAGGUCAGAUCAUGUGUGGUAAUGCUAGAUCUUGAGUGUGACGCCCUGAUUGUAGAGAUGUUUCAGCAUUUCUUUAACGCAGUUAGGGGACAUCAUCCAGAAAAUGUUUUAUCAUCCAUUGAGACUAUUAUGACCCUUGUUAUUGAGGAAAGUGAAGAGAUAUCUAUGGAUCUGCUUUCUCCGAUCUUAGCCAGUGUGAAGAAAGACAAUGAGGAAUUUUCACCAAAUGCUCAAAAUUUGGGGGAGAGAGUCCUGGAAAGUUGUGCAACAAAGCUUAAACCGUACUUAGCACAAGCAGUGACCAACUUGGGCAUUUCUUUAGAUGAUUAUAGUAAGGUGCUUGCUUCUAUAUGUCAAGAGACGUCUGGCAGUUUGGAGCAAAAUGAUGCAUGUGCUUCCAGCGAAAAUGCGGCAGAUGAGGGAAAGUCAGCAAAAGCAACGUUGAAUGAGUCAACACAAGUGAUUGGAGAGGAUGCUGAAAAGGCUACCCCUGAACAAGUCACUGUUGUUGAUGGUAGGUCUUCUAAGUCCGUCACGAGCAAUGGCAUUGUACAGUCCAGUGAAGAUGACGUGUUGGAAGAUCCAAAGUCCCUAAAGAAGCAAGAUGUGAAUAAUUCUGAUCGCUCUAAAGGUGUGAAUAUAUCAAGCAAUGAAGAUCCCGAUAAUGUCAGCACUAAAAAAGUUGACAGUACAGAACAAAAGCCAGUACAAGCCACCAGGAGCAGGAGAAAGAAAUAUCAUUCUACAAAAUUGGCAGAACCUUCUGAGGGUUCAGCUGUUACUCGUGACAGGGAUGCUGAUAAAAUGCCUGACUCUAAAAGUAACAAGAAGGACCUUUGCAGUUCACUUCAUGAAAACAAUGCUACUGAGGGUGCAGGGCCUUCAGAGAAUGACAAGGAGAGUCAUGCUAAGAUUUCAUCAGGAAAGGUAGGAACUAAUGAGCCUGAAGCUGUGGCUUCUCCCAGUGAAAGCCAUCCUGAUGAAAUUCGUUCCAAAAAGCCUGGAAAAGCAAAUAAGAAAGGAAGGCCGGCCAAAGAAGUGGUAAUUUCCUCAGAUGAUGUUACCAAAAAGGUGUCAGAAGUAACAAGUGAUUCAGAUGCAAAACCUACCAAGCGGUCCUCCAAGAAGGCACCUGGUGGUGGCUCAAAUGGGAAAAAAACUAAUGUGGCGGAUUCAGUUGAAAAAACAAGUGGGAAUAUGAGUGAUCAGGAAGGCAAAAGGCGGUCAGCUAAGAAAGAUGGGACCAACAAGGGUAUCGGAUCCUCUUUGAGGCACCUGAAGGAAAAUAAGAGGCAGAAGCAGGACAAUGUCUCUGAUAUGGAUGUAGCAAAAUCUGCUAAAGAUGAGAGAAGUCAAUUGAUUAAUCAAAUUGUCAUGAAAUCAUCUAGGAAACUGUAUCUUCACCAAAGUCAGAAGUCUGAUAUCAAGGUAUAUGAUGGAAAUCUUGUGGGCUCACGUGUUAAAGUUUGGUGGCCAGAUGAUCGUGAGUAA